AUGCCUUUGCUUGGUACCGAUGAGAAUAGGGAUGGUACUCUGCAGGAGGCUGAGAUCUCACCUGUGAUUGGAAACUUUGAGGUUAAGGCUUAUCCACAGUUACUGAAACUGUGUGGUGAUAUGGACUCAGCAGGGCUCCAUAAGUUUGUAUCAGACAACCGCAAGAAUCUUGCAUCACUAAAGGAGGAGAUUCCUGUGGCGUUCAAGGCUGCAGCAAACCUGGCGAGCUUGGUGUUGAACUCUUUGGAAGGUUUUUACCCCAUGGAGGCACCAAACACUGAUGGGAAGAAAGACGCUAACCUCUUGGGGAUGCGUAUGACCUGUAUCAUGUUGAUGGAGUGCCUUAGCAUACUGUUAUCUGGUUUAGACAGAAACUCCCUUGCUGCUGUUCUUUCAAAAGAUGUUAAGCAGAGAACAAAAGCUAUUGCUGAAGGAUGGAAUCCACUGCUGGGAAAUCUUGAGAUGGAUGCCUGCAAUGGUAACUCUUUGGAUGCGCAUGCGGUCCUGCAACUACUGGCCACUUUUGCUAUUGUUUCCGACUUUUAA